AUGGCGACAAGACAAUCCCUCUUCCCUGCCCCGCGGCAGUCGCUCCAUCCGAGCGCCCAUGCUCGGCAGAGCUACGCCCCCAACGCCCUCCGACAGAGUCUGCAAGUGCCUUCGUCCGACUUUCUCUCCUCGCUCGAGGACUGCGUCGCGAGCACCGAGGCGUGUGUCGCGAGGUUGGACGCAACGAACAAGGCCUUCGAACCGGGCAUAAAGGAUCUGCCAAGGAUCAAGCGGAUCUUUGACCACAAUGUGUGGUUCCUAGUCCUCCCCGAACCCACCGUCACAAAGCGGCGACACGAGUACGCCUCCUCGCUCCGUCCCCAGAUCGACUCGCUCGUCGAGCGCGCCGAAACGCUCGUCUCCUCCGAAUCCUCCCAACUCUUGCAUGCGCGCGCAAGGCUGCAACAACUCGAGUCCGCCCUCCGCCCAGCCCUCCCCGCCGCACCGCGAUAUGCCAACACCUUUUUGAGUAGCGAGGAGGAAAAGGUUGGGUGCAAACUUGAGAACAACCUCGAGGGGAGGAAGGACCUGACGAUGGCGCAGAGACGCAAGAUUGGCAUGUUGAGGAAUAAACGGGAGAGGCUUGAGAGGGAACGCGCAAAAUUGCUUGCUGCCCGCGCGUAG